AUGGUCGAAGCAGGAGCCGCAGAAGACGACGAGGAAGAAGAAGGCGAAGUCGUCCACCUCGCAAACGGAGCGCACGACGAAAACAACAACAGAAACACCAUUAACGACGGCGAAGAUGACGACGAAAAUGAUGUCGUCAAAGUGUCCAACGGAGACAAAGACGAGAAGGAACACGGCGAAAGGUAUUUCGGCUCGCUCGCGAAGGAAGGGAAAGCACCACCGGGGACGAACCCGUUCGCGACCAAAACGUUUGCGAGUGAUACCAAAGAGGAUAUCAAAAAAAUGAUCGAAGACGCGAAAAGGCAAACGGAAAUGCAACGGAAAGAACGAGAGAAGAUCGAAUUUGAGGAACGAGAGAAGGAACGUUUAGCGGCGGAGAAUCGAGGGUUGAAAUACGUGCCGAGAGCGAAAGCAGGGGAAGGAGAGGAAGGAGGAAAAGGAGGGGACGUGGUGAGAAGGAAAGUCGUUCGAGCGAAACGGCCGGGGGGGAUGUCUAAGAAUGAUGGCAAGGAGGACGGAAACGAAGCGAAGACGCCGAACGCGUUCGCGAGCUUAGUCUCCGGAGGCGUGAAGAAAGCGGUUGACGAGAGUAAGAAAGAAGAGAGUCCGCAAAAAGGGAGCGUGUUUAGCCGUUUGAGUAAGAAAGGAGGAGGAGAGGAGGACAAGACAAAGAAAGGUUCUCCUUCGCCCGAAGCCGCCAAACUCGCGCGAGAACAACAACAACAACAACAACAACAACAACAACAACGACAAAAGAGCGAAAACAAAGACCGACCAGGCCUGGCGCUUUUCCCAGGCCUCGCCAACUUCAAAGACGACGAGAACAAAAACCCGCCCCCGAAAGGCGGCGCGGGCGUCUUCAGCGGCUUCGCCGGGUUCGCGCCGAAACCAUCGACUUCGAAACAACAAUCACACCGCGGCGGCGGCGAACCGUCGUCGUCGAUUUUAGAAGAAAAAGAAGACGAAAAUUCGAAACCAUCGUCUUCGUUCAAACCGUCCGCGUUCGCCAAAGAGCUCGGCAUCGCGACCAGCCUUUCGAACUUUGAUCGCGACGACGUGAAGGAAACGACGACUCGGCAUUUUAGGCGAAAAAAAGACACCCAGUUUGCCAAAGAACUGUUCUAG